AUGGCCACGCAAUUCCCCCUCAGCCCGCCGCCAUCACCCCGUGCUCGCCGAAAACACCCCUCAAAGCAGUCCUCAGAGCAGUCCUCAGAGCAAUUCUCGAAACAAUCGAAACAAUCCUCGGAGCAGCCUUUGAAACAAUCCUCGAGGCAAUUCUCAAACCAAUCCUCAAACCAAUCAAAACAGUCCUCAAAACAGUCCUCAAAACAGUCCUCAAAACAAUCCUCCUCCUUCGCCGCCCUCGCCGCAACUCCCCUCCCCUCGCCCACCCCAAGCUCACCCUCCCAUUCGUCUGAUACACCAGACUCCCUGCUCACAAGACUCAUCCUCACCCCCCUCCUCUUCACCUCCUUCCUGCUCUCACUCUUCCUCGUCACCGCGCGCGACCGCGCACGCCGCGCACACGCACACUCGCACACCCACACCUCCCCGUCGUCGUCGUCGGCGGCGUCGUAUGUAACCCGGCUCCGCGACGCAUGGCGCGGGACGGCGCCGUAUCAAGCCGCGCCGUAUCAAUCCGCGCCGUAUCAGUCUGCGUCCACUUCCACGUCCACUUCCACUUCCACGUUGAAUGAGGAUAAUACCGCAGCCGACGGGAGCAGGUGGUUUCUGCACAAGAAGAUCCGCCGCGUGGCGCGCGUCGAGGUCGGCGAGGCGUUUGAUGGGCAGGCGCGGGUGUUGCUGGGGAUGGGUGUUGUGGGGUUGGUUUGCGGGAUGGGGAUUUGGGUCGGAGUGUGGAGGGCUAUAGGGGGUUUGGGGGGGAGUGAGGCGUGAGGCGUGAGGCGUGAUGGAGAUGGGGGGACGGGGUGGGAUAACUACUG